AUGCUGCUGGCAUGUACAUGUCUCCUAUUCUUUGCUCUGCGGUAUGUGCUGCACGUCUCCGGAGAGACGCGGUUCAUCGACGACACGUAUGGCGACCCCGAGAUGGGUAUAAUACCGUCGUAUUCUAUCGCCAACUGCUGGAACAAUGAAUCGAGCUGCCCCGGAUGUGUCCUCCACCCGGACGCAUCGCAAGCAUACGACGGUACAUGGCAUGAGACAACGUCGAAUGAAUGUAAUGGCCAGGAUAACAAUGCGGCUGGUCAUAGUGUCGCCUUCAAUUUCAUUGGAACUACUCUUACAAUAUUUGCUAUCACGGUAUCUCAGGGGCCGCAGUCGUGGCAAACCAACUUGAGCUUCAAUCUCGACGGCGAAACCAGUUAUUCAACGUUAUUCCAGAGCUCCCUUGGCGAGACAUAUGAAUUUUCCUAUGCAGUACCCGUCUUCAAUAUCUCGUGGUUGGACAAUGUGUUGCACACAUUCACAAUGACAGCAUCGCAAGGCACAGCCGCAUCGACUGUACACUUUGACUAUGCUACCUACUGGUGGAACUCAGAUCGCUCAUUACCACUUCUCAAGGUACAUCUCAGGGUCGAGUGCGGCAGCGACCUCCCAAUCGAGCACUGGGGCGUCCGAGUUGUCGUCUACCGGUUCUGA